AUGUCAAGUCAUCAAAAGGCUCCCCAGAAUCUCCGCAGUAUCAACUCUUUUUUCGGCAUCCGGUAUGCAUUGCCGCCUACAGGAGAGCAACGCUGGCGCAAGCCUGAGCCUGUCGAUUCCAAGCCUUGGCCUGCACAAAAGCCCAUUGUCGAUGCCACCGUAUCCGGGCCUCGGUGCAUCGCUAUUGAUAACUCCCCUUGGAUUUCUGGAUCAACUGCACCCAACAACACUGCGUCGUACGAGUCGGAAGAUUGUCUUCUGUUGAACGUUCUGGUCCCUUCACAGCCUGCUUCCACCAGACUACCUGUUCUUGUGAAUAUUCAUGGCGGAGGAUAUGUUGCAGGUGUACCUGUCGAAGGGGAUGCUUUCGUCCAUCAGGCUCAAGGGCAGAUUAUAUUUGUUUCUAUCCAGUAUCGCCUAGGCGUUUUCGGCUUCCUUGCUGGAGACGAAAUCCAGGCUUCAGGUGUUGCAAACGCUGGCCUCCUUGACCAGCGCGAAGCUCUCAACUGGAUUCAACGCAACAUCCACUAUCUUAGUGGUGACCCAGACAAGGUCACGAUCAUGGGUGGUAGUGCUGGCGGCGGCUCUGUCAGCAUGCAAAUGUUGCUGCACGGUAGCCGACAGGCUCCUCCAUUUCGUGCGGCUAUCCCCGAGUAUGCUUGGUGGUCUCCAAUGUACAACCGCACUUGGGUGAGAAAGCAGUAUCAGCGGGUCCUCGAAUCCAGCUCCUGUGCCAGCCUCAGCUGUCUCCAUGGACUCUCAGCGGCGGCUCUGAACAACGCAGCUUGGCGAGCUUGGAAGACUGCUCUCAAUGCAGCGGAGACAGUUUAUGGUCUGUUUUACUACGGCCCGACAAUUGACAACGACGCUGUAAUGGACUUGCUAGCUCGACAGUUCAAGGCAGGGAAUUUUACCAAGGUACCUGUGCUUGUCGACCGCGACAUGUUUGAGGGACCGUACUUCACUUCUACCUGUAUCCCACAAGUGUACAAUGGAUCCGUGAUCAAAUCAGCUGGCUGGUUCAAGGCUUUGACAGGGAGCUUCGAUGUCUCCGCGCCUUAUGUUCAGAGACAAGCUAUAUUUGGGGCCUCAGUGGUCGACUGUCCGUCAACCACAAUCGUUCAAGCUUCCAUAGACGCUGGACAGAAAGCCUUCAAAAUGGUAUUUGAGGCUGGCACGCAACUCCAUGGGGCCACGGCAUCAUACUUGUGGUCCAAGGACAUUAGCUUUGAUGGAGCUUCUACUCUUGGCACUACGUCGUUUGGCGGAAAUGCUACACUCGCUUAUGCUUUGCGAGAAUACGUUGCAGCAUUCACCAUCAAUCUUGAUCCCAAUCCCGCAAACCUCUCAACCAGUGUAGCUUACUGGCCAGAAUUCACCAAUCAGGGUCGACAAAUUCUACAUAUGCAGGAUGACCAAACUAGGGUAGCCUAUGACUUUGACUCUAACGAGCAAUGCAGCAUACUUGGCUCGUUGAGCACGAUUUAA